AGAGUAGAUUGGUUUUGAGAGCAAAUACCAACCUUCUUUUACUCAUCUGGUCCAGGAGCCUUUCAGGAGUUUGAUGCAACCACCCACUGACACUUGAACGAGAUUACUUUUUAUCAUGGAGACCUCUGACUGCAUUAUUGAAGGGCUGUACUUGGGUGGUGUCAUGGCUGCCUUAAAUGAAAGAGACUUACAAGUAAAAAAAGUGACCCACAUCUUGUCCAUUGAUGAAAAGCCACUGCCAGAAAUGUUGACUAAUAAAUGUACCUAUAAACAUAUUUUUGCACUGGAUCUGUACGACUUUGAUUUACUGGAGUUAUUCCCUGAAUGUUUUACAUUUAUUGACCAGGCCCGGGAGAAUGGAGGCGCUGUAUUAGUUCAUUGGUAAAAAAGACACAAUCAUUUCCUUUAUUUGGGCUAGAAGUUUUGUUACGAAGUAAACACUAAUAGUAAUAGGAAAGUUUUAAAGUUUGUAAAUAUUUAAAAAGGCUAUUUUAAAAAAGUAGUACUUGUAAUAAAAGUAUUUAAAAGAAGUAGCUGUGACGCCAAGUUCCCAUCAGUAAGAUUAAGAAGACACGAACAAAUUGUGUCAAUAUAACAAUAUAAGUUCUGCUUUAAUAAUAAUUAUACAUUAUACACAAUUAAACGUUUCGGCACAUGCCUUCAUCAGUACAAACAAACAAAACACAUUUAAAUAAGUAUAAAUUAAAUUUACAAAAUAUCAAUAUACAUAUCCUACCUAAAACAGAAAAAAUAUAUAUUCCAUCAGUAAUUAUUUUAGUUUGCCUUUCUUUUUUAAUAGAAUAUAUUUUUUUAAAAUCUAAAUUUACAUAUUUAUUUUUUUUAAAUCUAAAUUUAAAUAUUUAUUUUUAUGUUGAGAAUCAAAAUAGUUUUGUUGUAUAUAAAUAUCUAUACCUUGGCUUAUAGCUAAAAUAUAGGAAUUUUGAAAUAUUUCAAAAUCCAUUAAAAAAAUUAAUUAAUUUUAAUCAAGUUGCCAAAGCAAAAAGUCACUAAUUUUACCUUUUUUACCAUUGAAGUAGAAAUGUCUAUUGAGUGUAUAAGUUAAAAUAAAAUAGAAAAAUAGAUCAAGGAAGCAAUCGCAUCAUUGACUAUUUUAGAUGAGAACAAUUUAUAUUUUCUGGCUUAUAUUAAAAUUGUAAAAACAAAAAGCUUACUUAUGAAUUUGAUUUCAUGUACGGUAGUGAGAAACACUGUAAGUCACAAGCCAAUUAUCAUCCCCUCAAUCCCUUCCUCACCCAUAACCAUGCUCCAGUUUUAAAUUAGGACUGAGGUGUAGAUGUGCUGAUUUGCUUAACUUACAUAUUGCUAUAUGAUGUCCACUGAAGUAAAAUUAAGUUCAUUUAGAGUGGUACCCAUAGAAAUUACUACCCCUGUACCUUGAUGGGUUUGUAACCUUCUCCUUUGAUAGCUUUUGGUCUUGUGUUCAUUUGUUCAACAAAGCAAAAGAAGACUUUUAAUUUGAAAAUAGUUCAUAUUAAUGAUUUUCUUGUCUUUAGUCAAGCAGGUAUAUCAAGGAGUGCAACAAUUGUAGUAGCAUACAUUAUGCAGAAGCAUGUCAUAUCCAAAGUCAGGGCCCUGGAAAUAGUAGCUGCUGCUAGACAGUUUGUGAGGUGAGUUUACAAACCAAUUUUGUUGCGUUGGGUCAUGUUGAAUAGAAAUGGGGAGUCAAGCUAAAUUAUAUAUGGAAACUGAUUUAUUGGGAAAUAACUUAAAUGCUCUCUAGAAGGAGGUUCCUAAAUAAUUUUGCCAAUAUGAGAAUGUUAUAGAAUUUUUUUCCUUAUCAAUCUUUAAUUUCCACUAAAUCAAUUUAAAAUUAAAGAUAUCAUCUUUAGAGUCUAUGACUAUGAAUAACUUUGUUAUUGUUGCUAGACCCAAUGAUGGUUUUCAAGAGCAGCUGCAAUUGUUUGAAAAUAUGGGGUGCAGAAUAGACAAGACACAUAGUGAAUAUAGGGCAUACCAGCUGAGCAAACUAGCCGUACGCUUCAAAUGUGGACAGUUUUCACAAGGUAAAUCUGUUGUGUUUUUUUUUGUUAAAGUUGGAUGCAAAUCAAAAUACAUUUAAAAAAUGUAAUUCUUGUUAACGCUUUGAGCACCACCUGCUUCAUCUGCCAAUUAGGAAACUACUUCAAUAGUUUUCGCUAAUGAUUCAUUGAAUGAUUUCACUUGCCAUCUUGCAGUAGAUGACGUCAACCUGUUGGGUCUUGUUUCAUUAAUCGCUUUAAUUUAAUUUGAUCUUUUUGUUUCAAGAGUUGCUAAAAGAUUUGAUAUAAAAUAAUUAAAGCUUUUAAAAAUAAAUGACAGUUGUCUCCCUGUUUUUCAUCUGAUGUAUUUUGAUUUGUUUCAUCUAUUCUAAUUCGAUACAUUUUUUAAAAAUUUCAUCUUAACAGUUUGUUUAACAAAUUUACAGAUUGAUUACAUUUGGGUUAAAAAAAAAUUUACUAUAAAAAAAGUUUGGUUUCAGCUGCUCACAUAGAAAGGGUUUCUUGAAGCUUCAAAUUGAAACUGUCACAAUGAAUUGCUCUAACAAUAUGCAUUGUUCCAUCACUAUGGAUUGUUAUAUCAAUUUCAAUUGUUCUAUCAAUAGGUAUUGUUUCAUCGCUAGGGGUUGUUAUAUCAUUUUGAAUUGUUCUAUCGCUAUGAUGCAGGUGACCCAGAAAUACCCUCUGAGGUUUACGUCCAGCCUGAUUACUCAGCCAAAGGAAAUGAUGCCUACUACAAGUGCCGUAAGUGUAGGUGAGAUGCCGCCAAAACAUGUUAAUCAUAGCUUCGGGAUGGAGUUUAAAAAACAAAAUUUACACCAGUUUACCAUUGUUCAGAAUUUUAAAAAAAUAAAACUUAACCCACUGUAAUGCAAUCAACAUUUCUACUGAACUGUUAGAUACAUAAAUGGCCCUUGUAAAGCAGUUUUUGGGGGGAGAGCUUAAAAAAAAUGUCGGUUUACUUGAAGUGAGGGCCAAUUCCUCCUCAUUGAAAUAAUAUUUUUCUUUUAAAAUGAAGAACAUUUUUUUAAUAUAAAUAUAUAUGUAUGUAUCUAUCAGUUUGGGUCUCUGGAUAUUCUAUUUAUAUCUGUGUUAUUUUUUUCUUUGCAUAGAAUGUUUUUAUUCCAUGAUGGAGCACUGACCUCACACAAUAUAGGUCAAGGCGACUCCGCCUUUGACUGGAGGAGUAAGGUGCCUGCCAAUAAACGUCCAACCAAUGCUGCUGGCGGUGACUCUGUAUGUCAGAGAUCUUUGUUUGUUGACCCUCUGACGUGGAUGAAGGGGAAGAUCAAUAUUGUUCAGGGCAAGGUGAGACUAACUUGAAUGUUCACAAUCAAUAGUGUUUAGGGUUUGGUAAGGCAAACUUGAAUGGUCACAUUGGCCCUAUGGUAACUUACAUAUUCUUAUUAUCUAUAAUCUAUUCUUUUUAUUUCUGUUCACAAAAUUUCUAUUUUUUAAAAGCAUUACUUUUAGUGGAAAUAGUUUAAAGAAUCAAUUCGAGUGCUAGUAAUGGACUUCGCAAAAGCAUUUGACCGGGUGAAUCAUAGUUUGCUUCUACACAAACUCCAGAUAUAUGGGAUUCAAGGCACCACUAAAACAUGGAUCUCUAGCUUCCUCAGCCACCGACGCCAAGCAGUAGUGGUGGGCGGUACAAGCUCCUCCUUUGUCAAUGUGAAGUCAGGGGUCCCCCAGGGAUCAGUCCUGGGCCCCUGUUUGUUCCUAGCAUACAUUAAUGACCUACCGGAGAAACUGACAUCACAGGCAAGACUGUUUGCAGAUGACACAGCAGUGUAUAGGACGAUCGCCAACAGAUCUGACCAGGACCAGCUACAACAGGAUCUCAAUCUGUUAGCUGAGUGGGAGAUGAGCUGGGACAUGGAAUUUCACCCUGCCAAGUGCCAGACACUAUCAAUCUCUAGAAGUUGUACUCCUCUACACUACCAAUACAAACUGCACGGCCAUAUUCUUGAGCAAGUUUCCUCCGUAAAGUACCUGGGUGUUACCAUUCAAAGAGAGGUCCGCUGGGACGAGCAUAUUAACAAUGUAUGUAACCAAGCAAACCAAGCCUUGGGGUUCUUAAGGCGAAAUCUAAAGAUUGGCAACUCCUGUGUGAAAGAAAGAGCAUAUAAAGCCUUUAUCCGUCCGAUUUUAGAUUAUGCAUCUUCAGUCUGGGACCCAUUUACCCAGAAGAGCAUUGACAGGUUGGAGGCGGUCCAGCGACGAGCAGCACGCUUUGUCCUAAACCGCUACAGGAAUACCUCUAGUGUUGGCAGCAUGCUAGAAACACUAGGCUGGUCACCAUUGGAGAAACGACGACGACAAUCCAGGCUCUCCAUGAUGUACAAGAUAAAUAAUGGGCUGGUCCACUGUUCCAGUAUUAAACAGAAACUCGUCCCUCUCCCCCAUAGACAGCGACGAGGCCAUGACAGGCAAUUCAGGCUCAUACCAGCAAGAAGCCAGUAUAGGAGCUGCUCAUUCCUGCCCAAGACAAUCAGGGACUGGAACCAUCUUUCAAAAGGAACAGUUGAGGCGACAACACUAGACGCAUUUGUGUCUAUUGCCUCAAGCCUUCAAACCCCUAGUGCAUAAUUUCCUCAUCACCACCAGUAACAGAAACAUUGCAAAUCCCAUCUACAUGCAUAGGAGCCAAAAUGAUCAAUAAAUUGAUCGUGGGCCCUUAAGAUAUAGAAGAAGAAGAAGAGUGUAAAUAGUUUUUAAAAGUAUUACUCUAAAUGUAAAUAUUAUUUAAAAGAAACUUUUUUUUCUAGACAGGAUAUCAAUGUUCUCUUCUGUAUGUUUGACAAAUCUGCUUAAUUUUCUCUGUUAAAUUACCGGUAACCAAAGUCUAAUAUCUCCUCAGCUACAUUGCCCAAAGUGUGAUAUUAAGAUUGGUUCCUAUGUUUGGUUUGGUGAGUAGAUUCUAUGGAUAGAAUGUAGCCAGUGUACGACAUUGUGCUGAAUGGGCUUUUUCAUUAAUAUAAUAAUACCUAUUACUAUUUGUUAGUGUAAGAUAACUGCAGGACAAAAUAUCAAUUCUAAUGGCUUAAUGUUGCUAAUGAAAGUUGUUGAAAUGAUAUGUUUUUAUUUACUGACUUCUUAAAAUGCUUACUAAGUAACAGUAACAUUUUAUUUUGUCAGUUGCUACUUUGAUGUUUUUUUUCUUCUAUUCUUCAUUUCCGUAGCCAAAGAAUUUAAGUCCAAUUUUGAGAAUGGGACAUUUAAAAUUUAAUGAUGUGUAAAGUUUGUCAAGAAAGAAUAUAUUCAUUUCUUUUCUUUGAAUAUUUCCCUCUAAAUCAGGGGAAAAAUGUCCUUGUGGAGCUUGGGUGGCCCCAGCGUUUCACAUUGACGGUGGCAAAGUGGAUAAAAUCCCUUCUCAUCCUGUGAUGCCGCACACCCAAGCACCUGUUGUGACCACCACAUCCACUGCAACUGUAGCACCACAGCAGACCCACCUCAUCGGAGCUGUGGCAGCUUUUCCGGUGUCAGGCGGCAUUGGCAGCCGGCCACUCGGAAACAACCCGCUGCCACAGAGACCAACCCAAGCCUCAAGGUUGUCAUCUGCUCAACUUGUGGCGGCUGUACAACCCAGGAUGGCAUCCUCCUCUUCACCGAGCACCUCCCCCCCACUUUCCACCACACAACAGAUCUUGGUGGAUUCUGCCACUUCAGCCCCGGUGCAGUCAAUGGACUUUGAGAUGGGAGCACCUGAUGGAGACAACGGUCAGGUGGCCUUGGGUCAGACUCAUUUAUCACUUGACAAUAGAGAUUUAGAAACCGGUAUAAAUAGCAUCCAUAUGGAUGUGGAUAGUUUAUAAAAUGUAAGCUUGUAUAGCUUUAUUAAAAUAAUUCCAACCUUGCCAG